GCAUUAUAUUUGUUUUCCUGUAUAAGAUAUUUAGUGUGAAGUAAAGUUACCUAAGACAGUAAACAUUCCAGGGAAAAUAUAAAUGCUAUAUAUGUGUUUUAUUUACCUGACCAGCCUGAUUGGCUAAAGAUGACUAACAAUGACUAUACCUGGAAGACUGUCAAAACACAGGAAGCCACUUUACAGUAAAUGCUCUUAACCAUGAAGACAGCUGUUCAGCAUCAGUGGAUCAACAGUUGGGACAUCAUGCGAACGUGGUGUUAUAGCGCUCCACUUCUUUUGGGAUUUCUCUUAUCAGCCCUGGAGCUCACAGAGUGUGCAGUGAUCAACAUUUUGGUUAAAGAGGGUACAACUAUCCACAUUAACUCCACUGUCAGCACAAAGUGCAAAGUUUGUAUCAGGCAGAAACAACCGACAGUCAAAAUGGACCCCUACUGUACCCCUAUUUCUGACAGUGUAUGCCAGUCUUCUGUGGUCCUCAAAAGUGACACACUUUUGGAUUUUAACUGUUUACAGCCAGAGAAUGUAUUCAACAUACACAUCUUCAGAGAUAUUGGACAGACAGUCAGAAUAAAAAUCGAGCCCAAAGAUGAUCCUGCCUUUCAAAGAUUCAACCGCACCUUCAUUUGGAAUCUAAAGGCCCUAUCUACAAAUAGCUUCAAUUUAAAUUUCAGUAUGGGUUUACAACAGAUUCGACACACAGACAACUGCCCAGACAAACACAUUUACACGCUCCGAGUGAUGAAUGGCAUUGUUGGAAGGUUUUGUCAAAAUGGGAGCAUUAGACAAGUUGAUAUUCAAAAUAUUGGAAAACUUUCUUUGGAAGUUUCUGGAGGUCAACGUCUGGACGGAAAAAGAAUAGAUGUAUCUUUAGGACUUAAAAUGAAUUCACUGGCUUAUUUUCAUGUAAAUUUGCAAAUGAAGAGGACAACACAAGACUUCUUUUCUUUACAGUAUCCUGGCAGUUUUCCUUCUAAUGCCGAGACAGUAUGGUCUUUUACUGUGCCCCCGGCUUACUACACCAGUGUGAAUCUUUUAAACUACACUGUUCCAACAUGCCUCCAACCUACAAGCACCCCUACAAUGACAUAUACUUGGAAAGGUAAAGAGCCAGUGGUAAAAAGGCUAAAUGCUACACAGCCAUCAGCAGAGCCUGGCAACUUUAGCCUCUCGCUAAAGAACUGCCAAAUGAUCCCACUGUCACAGAAAGGCCUAAGGGUGAACUUUCAAAUCUCCACCUUCAAGAAAUCAAGGGUUGCAGGUCAGUGUGCAGGGGAUCUUGCAGAAAAUGAAAUGCUGCAGAUACGUGUAAAGAGAAAAAGUCCUAAGUCAGCGUGUGUGUUGAAAUCGAAUUCAUUCCCAACAGAUACAGUCACCAUAGCUUCAGGAGGCCAUUUUGACCUUUAUUUCAUUGACUGCAACAAGGAUGAACUGGAGUUGACUGUCAACAACACCAUAGAAUGUAAAGAGUGGCAAAACUGUACCAACACUCUAUUUCCUCUGCACUUCUUUUACGAGCAAAACUGUAUUCAAGGAGUUGCGAAGACCAUUAACUGGCACCUUGAUGGACCAGAGAACAGUGCAGUGGAGCUCCGGUCCUCUACAGAUGGUUUGGGGUACUCUGUGCCUGAACAGAAAUGCAACAGCAACGUCCUUCUUGAUGUGUCCCAUGUUGACCGUGGCAUAACUGUUGGGCAAUUUUGUCCAAAGGGGCCCAUUCGGAGCAUCACAAUCCAUGAAUCCAUGAUUGCAGUUACUGUCUCCUUUGCAACCGCCAGCGAUCAUAGCCUGGUGACUAACCUCAUCAUGAACUAUUUAUUUCGACAAGGAAUAUCAGAGCACUAUAUAUUCACUGUUGCACCGAGAAAUGAUUAUCCAGCCUUGUUGGCCACCCCAGCCUGGCCAUCUGAAUUGAAACCAUCUUAUACUGUAUCUUGGAUUGUCACCUUGGAGUCAAAGUUUAAGAGCAAACUGGAGUUUAGAAAUGUCAGCCAGCCCAAGUGCAAAGAAGUGAAUGCAAGCAUUGUGGUGCAGAGCAUUGACUCUAAGAAGCUGCUGUACAGCACUAAAAACGAUGAGAACAUGAAGGAUUUGCCGCUCUUGGAGAGUUUCUACCUCAACAUGACUAACUGCAAGUCACCGACAGGAGCCUUCAGAGCAAUGAUGCAAAUAACACUACAAAGCAAUACAAACCAGCUCUUAGGCAUUAUCUUGGGUAUCAUGGGAAUUCUGUUGGCAGUAGUAAUAACAGCAAUGGUGCUCUUUAUUGUUUUUAGGCGGAAGAAAAAGCGGAAUAAAGCUCCUCCAUUGUCUGUCUCCAAUCCCAAUGAGCAUGCCGUCCUUCCAGGCCUCCAUGUUUUUCCCAGGACACUGGAGAAGGAGGAUCUUCAUCACUAUGAUUACAUAGACGACACUUUGGUUUAUAGUGAUCUAUGUAAAGAUGACAUUGAGCAGUAAACAGUGUAAAAAUCCAUUAUGAAUGAUAGUCCACCUCAGACUGACCCACCCUUGCCUGAAACACCAAACUUUAAUUGGGCUGCAAGUUUCAUUCAAGGACAGUCAUCUAAUUCUGGCUCACUGAAGACCUAUAUUGAAAACCUUGAGAGAGGGCAUUUCAAAAUCAGACUGUGAAUGUGAAGAAAGCGAGUUCCUGAUGGAAUUAGCAAUGCUUUAGUGGUUUAAGUCCUACAAAUUAUGAUGGUUAAAAUUAGAUUUUUACAGUGAAAUGAAUUUGAUGAGAUUCUAACCAUAGCUAGUAAUAUAUGUAUAUGAACAGGCAGC